UUUGUCCGAUUUGAAGCGGUAGACAUGUUCGGAAUUUCUCGGUCGAAGUUGAUUCCGGCUCGACAUUUCAAAUCAAAAUCAGAGAAUGGCAUAAAUUUCUACGGUGGUUAUUUAGGAGCAGAUUCGUUAUCAAAUUUCCUAGCCGGUACCGGUUAUAACGAAGAGUUGAUUUUCAGUGACGCGGUCAUGUUUCCUGUCUUGGAUACGUUCAAAGUCAUUCCUUGGUGGAAAUAUACUGCACGAGUCUUAAUAGAGCCAUUAAUUGAAGGUAAAGAUGUAUCAGCCAGCCCUCGAUUUCUUGCUAGGCAACAACUAACAGAACUCAAGAAGAUGGGUUACAGUCUGCUCUCAGCUCACGAGCAUGAGUUUUACGUUGUCAACAAAGACACAAAGAAACCUCUUAUAAAUGAUUCAAAUGUGCAAUCAACUAUCCGAUUGUACGAAGGCGCUGGCUUCAUUCAUCAGCUUGGAGAAGAUUUGCCUAAAGUAGGAAUCGAUAUCGAAUGCAUGGAAACUGAAGUUGGUCCUGGUCAGUUUGAAACCACGUACAAGCCAUCAUUUGGAAUCAAAGCCGCAGACACAGCCUUCACGUACAAAGGCGCGGUCAAAGAGAUCGCCAUGCAACACGGCUUAAUGGCUUCCUUUAUGAGCAAACCGUAUCCGGACAAAAAUGGAUCUUCCUGCCACUUUUGCCACUCUUUGUGGGAUGUGGAAGGUAACAUUCCUCUUACAUUUGAUGGGCAGUCUCCAGACAAACUAUCAAACGUUGCUAAAUAUUGGAUAGCUGGUAUUUUACAUCAUGCUCCAACUCUUAGCCUGUUUAUGGGUCCCACCAUCAACUGUAGGAAACGGUACAAACCAUUUACGUACGCACCAACAAAUGGAACUUGGGGUUUUGACAACCGGACAUGUGCAGUUCGUGUGAAGAUCAACGGUGAAUGCGGUUCUUACAUUGAAAAUCGUAUGGGGAGUGCCGGAUCAAAUCCGUAUUUAAUUCUAUCAGCCACGAUUGCCGCUGGAAUAGAUGGAAUCAGACGGAAGCUUUCCCUUCCUGCCGACGUCACUGGAUCCGCGUACCUGUUGCACAAUGUUCCUGACAAAACACAAACAAUACCAACAUCCAUGCAAGAGGCCGUCGAAGCAUUUCUGCAGGACGUAGUCAUCAGGGAUGCAUUUGGCGAAGACUUUGUGAAAUGCUUUGUUGCCAUAAAGUCUCAUGAAAUGCAAAAAGCAAAAGAAGCAGACGAAAAUGGUGAUUCUAUGUGGGACUGGAAUAUGUAUUUUAAAUACAUUUAAAAACAUAAACUUUACUGUUUACUGCACAAUAAAUCUAUGGAUUUCCAAAGUACUGUAAUUUGCAAAUUGUAAUCGCACCUCCUCCUCUUCCUUUUAGAUACUGUCUGUUUUGGACAUUUUAGAUUUUGUCUGUAAGAAUUGGCAUAUAAAUUCAUUCUUUGACGUAAUUCAACUGUUUCGUAUAAUUUUUUCACAUUGUUAUAAUUAUUUGUGUUGCUUGUUUUUAGAAGUUAUAAAAUAUAGGUGACCAACUUAUUGCUAUUGAGGGUGGUAUAUUAUAGUCAAAUUAAAGCAGCUCCUUUAAAAUAAUUAUGUUUACCUGUAAUUAAAGACUACCUCCAAUUAAAGACCACCUCUCUGUGGUCCCAAAUUAAUAAAUGUCUUUUAUCUUGAUUAUUGUAAUUAGAGACUAAAGCUGCUGAGGAACAUGGAAACCCCGGCCGGUCCCAAAUAUGGUGAUUAAUUGGAGGAACACCUGUAAGUGGUUAUAAAUUAGACUUCAGUAUAAAAUUAACACAAUAUAUGGUAUAUUACUAGAAAAAGACGAUCAAAAUCGUUAUAAUGUUAUAGACUCUGUAGAUAAUUUAGAUGGUGAAUUUAUUUUUAAAUACUAUUAUUCUCUAUAAACAGUCAGAAUAAAAUUUGAAACAUUAAAAAGGCGUUUAUGGCCAGACUUAUAACACAUCAAAUUAUUCAGAGCCAUUAACAUAAGAUGAAUAGUUGUGCGAUAGCUGCACUAAGUCAG